AAUGGAGAAGGAACAGAAGAAAAUUUAAAAAAAGCUUUUUAUUGGUAUUUAAAAGCAGCAGAAAAUGGUAAUAAAGAAGUAAUGUUUGAUUUAGCUAUAUGUUAUAAAAAUGGAGAAGGGACAGAAAAAAAUUUAAAUAAAGUCUUCUAUUGGUAUCAAAAAGCAGUAGAAAAUGGUGAUGAAAGAGCAAUAUUUGAUUUAGCUAUAUGUUAUAAAAAUGGAGAAGGAACAGAAGAAAAUUUAGAAAAAUCUUCUAUUGGUAUCAAAAAGCAGCAGAAAAUGGUGAUGAAAGAGCAAUGUUUGAUUUAGCUAUAUGUUAUAAAAAUGGAGAAGGAACAGAAGAAAAUUUAGAAAAAGCCUUUUAUUGGUAUCAAAAAGCAGCAGAAAGUGGUGAUGAAAAAGCAAUGUUUAAUUUAGCUGCUUGUUACAGACAUGAAGAAGGAACAGAAAAAAAUUUAGACGAAGCCUUUUAUUGGUAUCAAAAUGUAGCAGAGAGUAAUAAAGUAGGUUUUAAAAAUGAAGUUGAAAUAUGUAAGGAAUGCAAUCAACCAUAUAUUGAUUACAAAUGGUGCCAACAAUGUAAUAUUAAACGAUUUCAGCAAGAUUUUUCAAAAUGGACUAGUAAAAAUAACUUUAUUGAUAAAUUUAUUCAAGAAGCACAACUAAAUGCUAGAAAUAGUUAUGAAAUUUUGGAGUGGAUACCUUAUAAUAAAUUCUCAAAUAUUAAUUAUUAUGAUAAAGGAGGAUUCAGUGAAAUUUAUAAAGCUAUCUGGUCAAAUGGACCUAUUUAUAGUUGGAAUUUUGAUAAACAACAAUGGAAUAGACAAUUAGGUUAUGAGGUCAUUCUUAAAACACUUAAUAAUUCAUCAAGUUUAAAUAGCAAAUUUCUUGAUGAGUGGAAAUAUCAUUAUAGUUGUCAGAAAAAAUCAUUUUCAAAAUUUAUUCGAUUAUUUGGAAUUACUCAAGAUCCAAAUAAUUUAAAUUAUAUAAUGGUAAUGAGCUAUGCAGAAAAAGGAAGUUUGAGAAAAUACUUAUCUGAUAUAAUUAAAUUUAAGUGGCAAGAUAAGUUACAAUUAUUGAAAAAAAUAAUAUUAGGGCUUAAAGUAAUUCAUGAAUCAAAUUUAAUUCAUUGUGAUUUUAAUGAUACUAAUAUUUUAAUAUCAGAUAAUUAUAAAGAGUUAUUUAUUAGUGAUUUUGGAUUAUGUCAACCUAUAAAUGAUUUACAAGAUUCUGACAAUAGAAUUGGAGUUUUACCUUAUAUGGCACCUGAAAUAUUAAGAAAAAAGCACUAUACUCCAGCAAGUGAUAUUUAUAGUUUUUCAAUAAUAAUGUGGGAAUUUACAUCAGGCAUUCCUCCAUUUAAUUGUGUAGCACAUGAUCAUCACCUUAUUUUGAGUGUCUGUAAAGGGGAACGUCCUGAAAUUAUGAAAAAUACUCCAAAAUGUUAUAUAGAUUUGAUGAAAAAGUGCUGGGAUUCAGAUCCUUCCAAAAGACCAAAUAUAGUAAUUAUUGAAAAUACUAUUUCUGAAUGGAUUAGAUGUAUUAAUGAAUAUUGUAAAAUAAACAGGAAUAGAAAAUAUAUCUAUAGAGUACCUAAUAUUAAUAAUCAAUUAAAAAAUGAUAUGAAAGAAUUUGUAGAGGCAGACAAAGCUUUAUUACCAGAACAAGCGAAUAUUUCUAUUAUGCAAGCUCAUACACUAGCAUAUUUUACAAGUCGCAAUCUUACUGAAAUUUUAGAUCCAAAUACUGAUUGUCUUGAUUGUAUUGUUGCUAUAUAAAGUAAAUGAAAUAUAAUUAGAAAUGGUGUAACUAUUAACCUGUAUAAGUAAUUUUAAA